AUGGCAUUCCAGGCCCAGCCCAAUCUCGUUACUUUGGGCUACCACGUUCAAGUUGUCCAGUACGACGAUCAAGAAUCGCUUCGCUAUGCGCUCAACGGCGUGGACACCGUCAUAUCAACGGUAUCCGGACCACCGCAGUACAAGCUCAUUGAGGCCGCAGUGCAAAAGCGCGUCCGGCGGUUUGCGCCUGCUGAAUUCGAUGGCAUCCCGUCACUUCGACCUGCCGGCGAUCCCUUAGAUCGUGACAGGGCAAACGCCCUGCAACUGCUCGAACACUAUAAAGCGUACAUGCAGUACACUGUCUUUGCCUGUGGCAUCUUCUACGAGCGCUUUGCACCAGGCGGCAUGGCGGCCACCGGACUCGGCCGAAGUUCUGGCAUUUCAGGCGAGGGCGACUACCUCCUCAACAUCCGCAAUAUGGCUGGAGAAGCCCCACUGUACAACUCCUCGAAUCAACAUGCAGUGAUAUGUAUGACGGCCGUUCAAGAUGUUGCCCGGUUCGUAGUGCGAGCAGUCGACCUCGCCGACUGGCCCCCUGUGCUGAGCAUGUACUCCGAAAGAAUGAUUGUUUAUCAAUUUGUCGGUUACGUACAACAACUUACCGGACGGCCGACGACCUUGACGGCAGGAACACCCACCACUCUGAGGGCAAGAUUAGCAAUCGCUGCGUCCCGAGGUGACGUUGCAGCUCAGUGGCGCUUACACCAUUUAAUUGCUACGGCCGAAGGUCGCUACGAUCUUGGUGCCUCACGAAGUCUGAACGCUAUGUUUCCGGAAAUUCGUACUACGUCGUUUAGAGACUGGUUCCUGAACACGUGGGCGGGCGUAUAG